CUCAACUCGCUACCCCAGAUCAUGCUCUCCGGACGACGGCGACGACGAUGACGAUAAAGGCAUUACAAGCGGUUUCCGUCGGCCGGAACGGCGUCGGCGCCUUCGUCUUGCAAUGUAAGAAGAUGGACUUUCACUACUGCGACUGGGCCGGUAGCUCCCGGGGCAUGAACGGCUUCAUCAAGUCCCUCCUCCCCAAGUUCGCCGCCGCCCACCCCCAAGUCGAGUUCACCGUCUCGCCCCGGCCGUCCAAGCAUCCCGUCAUCAUCGCCCACUACAUCAACGGCCGCGAAAAGGCCGUCUGCGUGCGCAACAUGGAGCCCUACGAUAUCCUCAAGAAAGCCGAGCUGCUCCGCGACGCCAGCGGCGAGAAGCUCAGGCGGGUAACCAAGCCCGUGCAGAGUGUCAACGAGUCCGUCAGAGGCAUCUGGUCUCCGUACCACGGCAACGGCAUGCGGGUAUGAGGGUAGGCUGGAUAGUGCGGGGAACGUGUCUGUGUAUAUGGCGCAGUUGUAACAACACGAAUGGUCAUCACACACUACUUACUGUCUUGGCUGGUGUUGCUGUAACUGUGCAUGGCUUGGAUGGAUGCCUGGAUACUGGAUUUAGGUGUAUUGGAGAAUUGUCGUUCGUCUCUAUAUCUUCGCCCAGCAUGCUUAUGCUUUUUCGUAAUUCCUGAGCAAUCCAGGGCGAGCCUUGCCCACUUCCAUUCCUCAGAGGUUGGAGUUGAUGAUAUCGACGA